AUGGAGAAGGGCGAGAGAGGACGCGACGACGUCAUACAACACCAGCGCAAUCAGCCAAACACGCUACAUUCUGGGCUACAACAACCAAAGCGACGCGCCACUGUUGUUAAUGCGAGUGAGCAAGAGAAAGAGAAUCGUGCAAGUCAAAAUGUUUCCGCUAGCAGCUCGUGUGAGGACAUUGAGAGCGCCGUCAACGGCGAUAAUAACGGCACGAUGCUAACAGACUCUUCAGCAGACCUUCUUACUCAGAAAGGCCAAGAAUCGCGAUUGAGGCGUGCUAGGAGACAACAACGCAGAGAGUUGUCGUCAAUUCUCCAACAGUCAAUUCUGGAUUCGAGUCAGCUUCAAGAUUCAUCUUUCUUCACGAAAGAUCGUGUAAAAGAAAGUCGCAUACUCGUGUCAACUGCUUGUUCACCCAUUGUUUUCCCACCUACU